AUGCGCCGCAGGCACUCGCUCAGGCGCUUGGUGUCGGGGCUGCUGGGCUGCGGCUCGCCCAGCUCGGCCACGCUCAGAGCCACGGCCUGGGGGUCCCCGCAGCGCUCCACGCGGUCCCGCACGAACCUGGGACCCCCCCGGGGCUCGGGGUCAGCCCCCCGCGUCCGGGGGUCCCCGUCCCACUGGGCCGCCCGCGGCGCCCCCCGUGUGCAGAACCGUCCCGGGGGACUUGGGGGGAUCCGGGGGGGUGCCAGUCUCCCAGCGCUGGUGGGCACUAGGGGUCCCCCCCCAUUUCCCCACCUGCUCUCCCCCCAGUUCCUGGGCAUCCUCCUCCUCGCCUUCAGCUUCUGGGUCCUGUUCGACCGGCAGAGCUUCGCCGCCGUGCUGGGGUCCCCGCUGGCCGGCCUGAGGCUCUGCUCCUACGGCCUCUCGGGGGUCGGCACGGCCCCACCCUCGCUGUUUGUUUGUCCCCAAAAGUAUUUCGGGCUGCUGCUGCUGCUCCUCGCCGCCCAGGUCACCGUGGCCAUCAUCGUCUACACGCAGCGUGCCGCUCUGGCUGUGAAGGUGGCCGCCUACGCAGAGGAGCUGAUCCGGGGGUACCCGGCCCAGGGCCCACCCGGGGACCCCCAGGAGAGCUGGGACGCUGUCCAGCAGCAGCUCGGCUGCUGUGGCUGGAAGGGACCCCAGGACUGGGAGCAGCGGGAUGAGGCCAGCGGGGACGGGGACAGGGCCACCGCCUGCUCCUGCCUCCAGGCACCCAACAGCACCCACGGGACCCCCUGGCUGCUCCCCCACGGCCGCUGCCCCGCGGCCGCCCCCCAGGACAUCUUCCCCAGGGGCUGCGAGGAGAGAGUCCAGAGCUGGCUGGCCGCAAACCUGGUCACCAUCGUGGGGGUUUGCGUAGGCAUCGGCCUGGGGGAGGUG